AUGUCUCUCGACAUCCGCGCCGGUUUUUCAAACCGCACAGUAUUUGUGACUGGCGGUUCCGGCCUUGUGGGCAAGGUCCUCUUGUACAAGAUUCUCAAGGAGAUGCCUGAUGUGAAACACGUCUACUUGCUCAUGCGCGGCAAGCGCUCUCGCCGGCUGAAGAAGUACCUGAAUGCACAGGAGCGGCUGGACCUCGAGGUGCUCGGCUCCCCGUGCUUUGAGCCGCUGCGCCAGCAGGCUGGCGAAGCGAAGUGGCGUGAGCUGUGCCAGAAAGUGAAAGCGGUCCAGGGUGACAUCACGCUCGACCACGUCGGCCUCUCUGAGGAAGACCGCGCGAUGCUGGCAAACGAGGUGAACUUCAUCGUUCACCUUGCCGCGACCGUCAACUUCAACGAGCGCCUGGAUCUGGCGUUGCAGAUGAAUACUCUGGGCGGGUUGCGCGUGCUGACGCUGGCUAAGACGUGCCGCCACCUCGAGGCGAUGGUGCACGUCUCGACAUGCUACGUGAACUACCGUCGCAAGGGCCGCCAGCUGGUGAACGAGGAGCGCCUCUACCCGCUGGGGUUCGACCCGGAGGAGAUGUGCAAGCGUGUGCUGGCGAUGAACCCCAGCGAGGUGGAAAUGCAGUCGGCGCUACUGCUAAAGGAGCACAACUUCCCUAAUACGUACACCUUCACUAAGUGCAUUGGCGAACAGGUCAUCUACAAGUCCAAGGAGUCCGUCCCGAUCGUGAUUGUUCGCCCGUCCAUUAUCGGCUGCAGCUACUCCGACCCGUUCCCCGGCUGGGUGGAUGCUCUGACGGCUGCUGGCGGUCUGAUGCUCACCGUGGCCCUGGGCGUGGUGCACGAGGUGCUGUGCGGCAAGGACCUCAUCGCCGACGUCAUUCCAGUGGACUACGUCGCGAACGUCAUCCUCAAAGCACUCUUCAAGACCCAGCAACACUAUAAGGUGCGGUGCCUGCGAGCGGGUGCGGCGGAGCCCGGCGAGGCGGUGACACCAGCGCAGGCGGAUGCUGGUGCGGUGCGGGGCAGCGUGAUAUCUGUGUCCAUGGACGCCAAGGGGGGUGCUGGUCGCAUGAAUGUGGAGACGCGUCAGGCCGCGGCAGCGGAGACGAACGCCCUUGCUGUUGUCGAGUCUUCAACGACAGAUGACAUGUCCGGCGGGGUGACGACGGAGGCUGACGAGGGCCUACCCUUCAUCUACCAGGCGGCAACGUCAAGUUCGGAGAAUCGCGUGACAUGGGCCCGCUUGCACGUGUCACUGGCGAACUUCAUGAAGGGCAAGUGCCACCCGAAGGGGCUUUCCCCGAUGAAGGUGACAAUGACAACUAGCCAGCGGUACUACCGCAUCCGCUACUACCUGCUGCGCUACAUGCCGUAUAUCGCGCUCCGCUUCCUGAUGCAGUUGCCGCCGCCAAUUGGAUCGCCGAAGAAGCUGGAGCUCGCGAAGAAGCUGGGCCGCGCGGUGCGGCGCGCCGACCUGCUCACGUGGGAGUUUCUCGACUUCACGCUGAGCGAGUGGGUCUACGCCUCUGUCAACGCGAGGCACCUCGACGGCCAGCUUAACGAGUACUCCCGCAAGGCCUUCAGCUUCGACCCAUAUUCUAUCAACUGGUACGCCUACACGCAGGUGUACGCCUAUGGCAUCUUCAAGCACAUAAUCCGCGAAACGGGCGACUUUCAGAUACCCAAGGUCCCACCGUCAGCCACGGAGGUGUUCGAGCGUGCGUCUUCCCUAUAA